AAUCUACUGGUGCAAUUUUGGCGAUUAACCAACCCUCGUGAUUAAUCCAAUCGCACUGAUACCAUUCUCUAUGCAGGAACAACAAUGAAAUUGCCAUUUCCGGUGGUACUGUUAUUGAUAUGAGCGCUAUAUCUCUGCUGAAAUAUACUAUAGCCUCACAAAACGGUCAUCUCAGUUUGGUAUCGUUGCUUACUUCGUACAGUAUGGCAGUUUACGGUGCAUUUUUAAGAUCAGCCGUAUUUUUAGUGUUAGUUGCAGUUGCAUUCGGAAGCAAUGGAUUUCCUCAUCUGAUUGAUUUUCUACACACACGAGCGGAUGUAAACGUACCGUCCGGUUAUGUGUCGAAUCGUUCGGAAGCUUUACGGUUUCGUACACGUGUCGAUCACCUUGAUGUGCAGAACAGAGCGACGUUUGAGUUUGAUUACGUCUCGAACGACGCGUACUAUCGGCCUGGUGGACCAAUUUUCAUCAUAGUCGGUGGAAACAACGCACUGAACGCAUACUUUAUCGAAAACGGACUGUUUCACGAUAUCGCCCGUGAUGAAGGUGCUUGGUUGUUUAGCAAUGAGCAUCGUUACUACGGUCGCAGUUCGCCGGUGGAAGAUUAUUCCACACCCAACAUGCGCUUUCUGAGCGUCGAACAGGCACUGAUCGAUCUGAUCGAAUGGAUCGAUCAUCUGCGCCGGGUGGUGGUCGGCGAUCCGAACGCGAAGGUGAUCCUGCAUGGGCUCGGGUACGGUGGUGCGGUAGCCAUCUGGGCUCGUCAACGUUUUCCCAGCCUCAUCGACGGUGCCUGGGGUUCGACCGCCUCCGUCAUUGCACGGGUGAACUUUAGGGAGUUCGGUGAGGAUAUGGGUGAAACGAUCCGUGUGCUCGGUCACGACGAUUGCUACGGUAUCGUGUGGCGUGGUUUCCGUACGGCCGAGAACCUUGUCGAUGCCGGACUGUACCAACGUCUGUCGGAGAUGUUCCGCACCUGUGUACCGCUGGAGGCCGCCGAUCCGCUCACGAUAGAAACAUUCUUCUACGGGCUGAAAAGUUCAUUCGAGGCGGAAAUGUACGGCCAGGCCAGCCCGGACUCGGUGGGGCGUAUGUGUGAAGAACUGAUGGCCGAUCCCGCCGAAACAGCGCUGGAAGUGUUGGCGAACUUUUUCGAGCGUCGCUACGGAUCGUUCGAUUGUCUGCCGUUUGACUUCGAGAGCAACAUUGCGAGCUCAAUGUACGAAGAGGUUGGUGCACCGAACAAUGCUCAAUUCGGUAUCAGGCAGCGCCUUUAUCAGCUGUGCACCGAGUUCGGUUGGUUUCUGACAUCUUCGUCCGGUGACAGUCCGUUCGGGACACGCAUCACUUAUCGAUACUUUAUCGACACCUGCCGGGCCGUGUUUGGUGAGUGGAUCGAUCAGGACGUGGUGUACGAUGGUGUUCGGUUGACGAAUUUACAUUUCGGUGCGGAUGAUCCGCGUGUCACGAAUGUGGUUUACGUUAAUGCACAGUUCGAUCCGACACGGUUUGUCUCGAUUACCGAUUACAACAAUCUGCAGGCGAACGCAUUUGUUAUCGACGACGCUGUGGUGUCGCUCGAUUGGAUGCCGGAAAGUGUGACCGACUCGGCGGAUUUGCAGCGCGUUAGACGAGAGAUCGUAGCAUACGUUCGUGGAUGGAUCGAUGGAGGUAUGAUUGGGACGAAGUAAGACAAAGGAGGAAAGAGAUGAAAUGCACAUUCCAAGUAAUAAACAAUAUACAUCCUACUUUAAGUAUGCUUUAAAUAUUAAAAUUUGUCUUUAAAUAUUGUCUUUGUAGUGGUUCAG